CUUCUCCAGAAGCAGCAGACUCCAGAAGCAGCAGAAGAUGGCGCACGAGAUCUCAGACCUGGUGACUUUGUUACCGCAGACCAACCAGCUUAUUGGCUUGUUUUCCAUCAUUCGCGACGAAAACACUCCCAGAUCUGACUUUGUGUUCUACUCCGACAGAAUCAUCCGUUUGUUGGUCGAAGAGGGUUUGAAUCACUUGCCUGUGGAGCCCAAGGUUAUCAGCACUCCAACCAACGAGAAGUUCGAUGGUGUUUUGUUCUUGGGCAAGAUAUGUGGUGUCUCCAUCGUCAGAGCCGGUGAGUCCAUGGAGAAGGGUUUGAGAGACUGCUGCAGAAGUGUCAGAAUCGGCAAGAUUUUGAUCCAGAGAGACGAGGAAACAGCCCUACCAAAAUUGUUUUACGAAAAGUUGCCAACCGAUAUCGACAGCAGAUUUGUCUUUUUAUUGGACCCAAUGCUAGCAACCGGUGGCUCUGCUAUCUUAGCAACAAAAGUACUAAUCAACAGAGGUGUCAAACCAGAGAGGAUCUUCUUUUUGAAUCUAGUCGCUGCUCCAGAGGGAAUUGAGGCCUACGUCAAAGCCUUUCCCUCAAUCAAAAUCAUCACAGGUGCAAUUGACAAAGGUUUGAAUGACAAAAAAUACAUCAUUCCGGGUAUCGGUGAUUUCGGUGAUCGUUAUUACUGUAUCUAAGUGCCUCCAGCAAACUCGAUCAAAAUCUUUAUUGCAAAUUUUAUUAGUCUGCUUCUAUCAAUUUCAAUUGUAUCAAUUUCAAUUCUUAAAUGCAAUUUGAUUUUUGCUUCUACAGGCUAUAUUCAUUUUUUUAGAUUUAUUUUACUUGAUAUUCUUUUAUUAAUAUGGGACCCAUAUCACUGGAAUUUUCUCUUUUUCUUUUAAAAAUUCCUUUGUGUAAUUUUCC